AUCUUUAUAGCAAGUUCCUAUAUGGAGCACAAUUCAGUCGCUUUUUCAUUUAUUAAAACUCUAUAGAAGCUACCUUUUUGUUAAAGCAAACCCAGAAUUCACGUGCUUCUUGGAAAAAAGGGUAUUUUGAGAUGGGCAGGUGGAACGAGUAUGGUGGGGUAUUUUUUAGUUUUGCAUUGGCGGCGGUGGUGAUGGGGGUGAAAGGGUAUCCGGCGGAGGAUCUGGUGGUGAAAUUACCGGGUCAGCCGCCGGUUGGGUUUAAGCAAUAUGCUGGGUACGUUGAUGUGGAUGUCAAAGCCGGGAGAAGCUUGUUCUAUUACUUCGUUGAAGCUGAGAAAGACCCUGCCAACAAGCCACUCACUCUCUGGCUCAAUGGAGGGCCAGGGUGUUCCUCCGUUGGUGGGGGUGCUUUUACUGAACUGGGUCCAUUUUAUCCUAGGGGCGAUGGCCGAAGCCUUCGGAGGAAUUUAAUGUCAUGGAAUAAAGUGUCAAAUCUCCUGUUUGUUGAGUCCCCUGUUGGUGUAGGAUGGUCUUACUCAAAUACCUCUUCAGAUUUAAUUCGUGGGGAUGCUUCCACUGCCAAGGAUAUGUAUAUUUUCAUGAUGAAAUGGUAUGAGAAGUUCCCAGAACUCAAGUCCAGAAAACUGUUUCUUACUGGAGAAAGUUAUGCAGGGCAUUACAUACCACAGUUGGCUGAAGUUCUACUGGACCAUAAUGCACAUUCAACUGGUUUUAAGUUUAACAUUGAAGGAGUUGCUAUUGGGAAUCCGCUUCUCAGACUUGACAGGGAUGUUCCGGCAACAUAUGAAUUCUUCUGGUCACAUGGGAUGAUUUCAGAUGAAAUCGGCCUUAUCAUCAUGAAUGAAUGUGAUUUCAAUGAUUAUACCUUUGACAGUCCUCAUAAUGUAUCCAGAUCCUGCAACAAGGCCAUAAGUGAAGCAAAUCGCAUUGUUGGUGAAUAUAUAAACAGUUAUGAUGUUAUCCUAGAUUUUUGUUAUCCAUCUAUAGUGGAACAAGAAUUGCGAUUGCGGAAAAUGGCCACUAAGAUAAGUAUUGGAGUUGAUGUGUGUAUGAACUUGGAGAGGCGUUUCUACCUCAACCUCCCUGAGGUUCAGAUGGCACUUCAUGCCAAUCGCACCAAAUUACCUUAUCCGUGGAGUAUGUGCAGUGGUCAAUUAAAGUACACUGACAUGGAUGGUGACAUAAACAUCCUUCCUAUUCUAAGAAAUAUCAUCCAAAAUGGCAUUCCUGUCUGGAUAUUCAGUGGGGAUCAAGAUUCCGUUGUGCCGUUGCUUGGGUCGAGAACACUGGUUCGUGAACUAGCUCAUGAUUUGAAGUUCAAGAUUACAGUCCCAUACGGAACAUGGUUUCACAAAUACCAGGUCGGAGGUUGGGUGACUGAAUAUGGAAAUUUGUUGACCUUUGCCACUGUGAGGGGGGCUGCACAUAUGGUACCAUUUGCACAACCAUCAAGAGCCUUGCAUCUAUUCAGUUCGUUCGUAAAUGGUCGACGACUACCGAAUACCACAAGAACUCCCCCUUUAUGAACCGCACACCGAACAGCAAGAGUGUGAUAGAGUUCCAAGUUAUUUGAUGUCUUAGAAUUGGCUCAUCUCUGAAAGGUAAUAAGGAAAUAAGGGUGUCUCCGUAAAAAGAAAAAAAAAAGGUAGCCGAGACAGACAGGAUCGUUUGAUUGUAGGACUAUAUCCUUCAUCUGAUUGAAAUGGAUGACCAGACUGUGAUUCACUUGAUGGAGACGAUAUGUUCUUGGUGUUUAGAUUGUGGAAAAUGUAAUUUGGUUAAUGAUUGUUUUGUAAAUUUUUGAAAUACAGUGGGGAGUGAAACAAGAUCCUUAAACUUUAGUGACCCAUUUGUAUAGUUUACCCAAAAUGA